AUAAAAAAAAAAAAAAUUAUAUGUUGUUAUAAUAAAGUGAAAUAGUUUGUAUUUACUAAUUAAAUAAGUAUUUUACUUAGCAAUCGUGCCAUGGCUAUUGCAGAGAAGGUAAUUCGUAAAGGUUUGAGUAAUAAGAAAGAAUAUUUAUUACAUAAGUUAAAAAACGGUAUGAGAUGUUUAUUAAUUGGUCAACCUGACGAAGAAUAUGAACCUAGUAAAAAUGAAAACUAUAAAUUUACAAAAACAAGUGGAAACUACAAUUCAUCAAAUGAUGAUUCAGAAGAAUCCAGUGAUUCCUGCUCAAGUGAUGAAACAGAACCUCAAAAAAAUAGUGAUUCGUUUGCGAUGUCAUUAUGUGUAAAUAUUGGUAGUUUUAGUGAUCCUGUUGAAGCUCAAGGAUUAGCACAUUUAUUGGAACACAUGAUAUCAAUGGGCAGUAAACGAUACCCAGCAGAAAAUCAUUUUGAUCGAUUUUUGUACAGAAAAGCAGGCUAUUCAAAUGCUGAAACAGGUUGUGAGUACACAAAUUUUCAUUUUGAAGUCCCAAUGGAAUAUUCUCGAGAAGCAUCUGACAUAUUUGCAAGUAUGUUUCAAGCACCUAAAUUAGCAAAAGAAUCUAUAGACAAGGAAAAACAAGUUGUAGAUUCUGAAUUUCUAAUGGCUAUUUCUGAUGAUGAUAGUCGUAUACAGAGAUUACUAUCAAUAUGUGCUGAUAAAGAAAACCCUGCUGGAAAAUUUUUUUGGGGUAAUUUGGAGAGUCUGAAUCAUAAAAACUUAGAUGAAAUGGUUAUAGACUUUUGGAAAAAUCAUUAUUCAGCCAGCCGUAUGACUUUAGCAGUUCAAAGUAAACAACCAGCACAUGAAAUGGUAGAAUGGAUUGAUAAUUUAUUUAGUGAAGUACCAACAGACAAUCUGCCACCACCAGAAUUUAAAAUCAGCCGAGAACCAUUCCACCCAGAUAAUUUUCACAAAAUAUUUAAAAUAAUAUCAGUGAGUUCUACAAAAAAAAUUAUAUUUUCUUGGUAUUUACCUCCAGUUAAUAACCUCUAUAAAAUUAAACCAUUGGAGUACAUUGCAUGGAUAGUAGGUCAUGAAGGUAAAGGAACAUUGAUUAACUAUUUGAGGAAGUUAAACUAUGCAAUGGAAUUAGAAGCUGGAGUAGAAGAUGAUUUUUAUAGCAAUAGUAUUUACAGUUUAUUUACUAUGACUAUUGAAAUUACUGAUUUAGGUUUAAAAAAUAUACAUGAAAUAAUUGAGCUAACAUUUGGUUAUUUAAAUUUGGUUAGAGAAAAAGGAAUAUCUGAAUCUAUUUUCAAAGAAAUUAAAAUUUUAGCUGAAAAUGACUUCAAUUUUUCUGAAAAUAAAUCUGCUAUUGAUCAUGUAAUUGAACUUGCUGAAAACAUGUUGAUAUACGAAGAAGAAGAUUAUUUAUGUGGCCCUUCAUUAUUUCAUGAAUAUUCACCAGAAAUAAUUUCACAAUUUUUAAACUUAUUAACAGUUAAACGUGUAGCUAUGUUCAUAUUAGCAAAGGAGUUUGAUAAUUCUGAUGAAUUUAUAAAAGAUCCAACUUUUGGAACCAAAUAUUUAGCUGAAAGUUUAACUGAAGAACUAGAAAGUAAAUGGUCAACAAUUAAACCUCAUACAUUUUUUAAAAUUCCAAGCGAAAAUCAAUAUUUAACGACAAAUUUUACAAUUUUACCUCAAACUGUACACUCUAAAUAUCCAAAAAAAAUUACUGAGAAUAAAUACUUUGAAUUGUGGUACAAACAAGAUAAUUAUUUCAAACUACCCAAAAGCUAUGUUAUGUUAAAUGUUAUUACUCCGCUACCAUCAAAGUCAUUGAGUAACUAUAUAAGUUUGGAUUUAUUUUUAGAUUCUGUUGUAUUUUUACUAAGUGAAGAUACAUAUCCAGCAGUAAUGGCUCAACUUAGUUAUGGUAUUAGAGUAUUUAUAAGUGGAUUUGAAUUGACAUUUAAUGGUUUCAAUGAAAAGUUACCUUUGCUCAUAGAUAUUGUACUUAAAUGUAUAAAAAAUUAUGAGAGUUUGAUGACUGAGGAAAUAUUUAUUAUGGUUAAAGCUAAGGCUAUAAAUAGAUUUAGAAAUAAUCAGUAUGAUUUGGAUUUCGUUCCAUCUGAUUUAAAAAAUAGUGUAAUUCAAGAUCCGGACUGGAAUUUAGACGAAAGAUUAAAAUGUCUAGAAAAAUUAGAUUAUAAACAACUUUUAACAUUCUAUAAACAACUAAACAAUUUAUACUGCCGAGCGUUAAUUCAAGGGAAUAUAAGUAACAUUGAAGCAAUGGAUAUUUGUAAAAAUGUAGUAACUAUUUUAAACUACAAGCCUCUAGCUAAAGAAUGUUUUCCAGUUAUAUUGAUAAAACGUCUCAAUAAAGGAGACAACCGAGUUAAAAUGGCAAACUAUAAUCCAAAAGACAAUAAUUCUAUAGCUUAUAAAUAUUAUCAAUUUGAUAAAAAUGAAAUAAAUGAUUCAGUCAAGUAUCAUGUGCUACAAUCAAUGAUGGAAGAAUCUGCAUUUGAUGAGCUACGAACAAAACAAUGCCUUGGUUAUGAUGUUCAAUUAAAUGUAACAACUCUGUAUCAGCAUUAUGGAUUUUAUUUUAAAGUAGCACACCAAAGAGAUAAAUUUGAAACAUCAUAUGUAUUUGACAGAAUGGAUGAAUUUUUGAAACAAUUUUGGGAAAACUUCGAUGAUAUUGAUGAAGUUUAUAAAGUAAGAGAUGCUUUAAUUGCACUAAAAGCAUCCCCAGAUGAUUGUUUAGUUCAAGAGUUUAAUAGAAAUAGAAAUGAAAUUCUUGAAGAACGUUUUAAAUUCAAUAGAUUAGAUUUAGAAAUAGAAGCUCUUAAAAUCUUAAAAUUUGAGGAUGUUAAAAAUCUAAAACAUGGAUUUCUUAAUGGCCGAAUAUUUGGAGUUGAAAUAAUUGGUAAUCAUAAUACAGAAAAUAUAAUAAAAGAUAGCCCACCCAUUAAGAAAGUGUGUUUAGAAGAAAAUGAAAAUUUCAAUUAUAUUGAAAAUAUAGAUGAUUUCAAAAGUAGUUUAAACCCUUAUUAACCAAUUUUUUUUUUGUGUUCCUGUCUUUGUGUAACUUUAACCAAUAAAUAUUUAUUUAUUCAUA